AUGAAAAGAAUUUUAAAUUUAAUUCACUUCCUGUACGAAGUAAGAUUUGAUUUAAGUAGUUAUCGCUGAAAAGAUGGCGCCCAAGUGAAGGACGCUCAAUUAAGAGUAGUCAAGAUCUUGUUAAAUUUAUAUUAUUAAUAAUAUUACAUAUUUCUUAGGAAAUGAGUAAUCUUUCACCAUUUGGAGGUGGUAAAAAUCCACCGUGGGUUCGUAAUGCAGGUAAGAUGAUUUUAUUAUUAAUAUGUAUUUUAUAUUGUCGCCCCGUGUGCAAGUCAAUGUUGCCAAGUUUCUAUUACAAUUUAUACAAGUCAAUAAAUAUAUUUGUAAAAUACUCCUUACUAAUAUUUUAUGCAAUAUCAAAAUAUUAAAAAUUAACUUAUAAUACAUAUUUUUUCAUAAUAAAUACAGGAUGGUUUAUGAUAGAAACAAACUAUUUAAUGUUUUAUGUUUAAUUUAUAAUUAUGUUUGAAACAAAUGAACUUUUUAUUUCAUUUGUAUGUAGAUAAAUUUUAUUCACAUUUAUAUAAAUUUUAUACCCAUUCUUGCUGGAAUAAUCAUUGUUUAACAUAAAUAUAAAUUCUUUAAAUAUUUUUAUAAUUAUUGUUCAGUUUGUAUUCUUCUAAAUGAAGUUUGUUAUAUUUGAUUAUAUGUAUUGUGUAUAUAAAUUUAAGAUGUUCAUGAAAUAUUACGAAUAAAUAAAUAAAUUUAUUAAUAUUAUAAAUUAUGCAAUAUGUAUGUAAUAUAAUAUAAUAUAUCCAUUUAGAAAUAAUGAAAAACAAUGUAUUUAAAUAAAUUUUAAAUUUUGGGUUUUUUACUUUUAUUUAUACAUAGGGCAAGGAAUUCAAAAUAUUCAACAACAAAUGUUAGGUCAAGCAAUGGGUAGUAUAGGUGGGCAACCUAUGGUUCAAUAUCAACAACAGACUCAACAAGUUUAUCAACAAAGUUUAGGAUUACAACAGCCCAAUAUAACAAUGGCUUCAAUGGCAACACUUGGAUCUAACUUGCCAUCUGGUAUAGCUGGUCAGCUAUAUCCACAAGUUGCCACUGUUUCUUAUCCACCACCAAGAGCAUUAAAUACAAAUGCAUUUCAACCUUCUGUGGCUGGUGUGCCACAACAAGUUCAACAAAAUGUACCUUCAUCAUCUACGAAACAAAGAGUUUUCACCGGCACAGUUACACAAGUAUAUGACAAUUUUGGUUUUGUAGAUGAAGAUGUAUUUUUUCAAACAAAUGCAUGUGUUAAAGGAUCUAAUCCUGUUGUGGGUGAUAGAGUACUAGUGGAAGCAUCGUAUAAUCCAUCCAUGCCAUUUAAAUGGAGUGCCACUAGAAUACAAGUACUCCCUAUGGGAAAUAAUAAUAAUAACACUAAUACGCAACAAAAUAAUCAAGCCACUCGUCAACAACAACAGCAGUCACAACCACAACAGAAUCGUACCUCAGGAACAUACAAUGCUGUUCCUCCGCCUGCUGAAAAUGCCAAUAAUAGAUUCACAACUAGUGCAACAAAUACUAAUACAGCUAGUAAUCGAAAUAAAGUUGGAAGAGUAAGAGAAAGAUCUCCGCGAGAACGAAAAAAUGAGGAAGAAGAAAUCGAAAGAAAAAGACGUCGUGAAGAAAGAAUUAGAGAACGUGAGAAAAAAGAGGAACGUAGUCCAUCAAGAACUAGAAGAAGUAAGUCCCCAAGACCAAGACGACGUACUAGAGUUGUACCGCGCUAUAUGGUACAAAUACCAAAAAUAGCAUUGGAUUUACCUGAAGCAGAUGUACUUGAGAUAAGAAGGCGGUAUCAAAAUAUGUAUAUUCCUAGUGAUUUUUUUUCUACUAAUUUUCGAUGGGUUGAUGCUUUUCCACCACAUAUGCCAUUUGCUCUUAAUAAACCAUGCUCUUUUCAUGUCAUGCAUAAGGAUGUUGAUCCUUGUACAGAAAAUUCAGCAGUACUAGAACCUUCAGAUGCUGAUUAUCUUUUCUCCGCGAAGGUUAUGUUGAUAUCUAUGCCUGCCAUGGAAGAAAUUUAUAAACGGUGUUGUGGUGUAUCUGAGGAUAGAGAUCCAGACCGUGAUUAUGUACAUCCUACACGUUUAAUAAAUUUCUUAGUAGGCUUACGGGGUAAAAAUGAAACAAUGGCUAUUGGUGGACCAUGGAGUCCUUCUUUGGAUGGUCCUAAUCCUGAAAAGGAUCCAUCAGUAUUGAUUAGAACAGCAGUAAGGACUUGUAAAGCUCUCACGGGGAUAGAUCUAUCCAGUUGCACUCAGUGGUACGGUUCUUCAAAUAUUGAUAUUCCUUUCUACUUUUAUUGUUAUCUUAAAUGGAAUUUAAAGCACUUCAUAGAAAGAGCAACACAUGAGAUAAAAUGUUAUAGCCUUAAGAAAGAUCCGGCAGGUGUACCAUCCUUGAAAGAAAGUAACUUCUAUGCUAGUUCUGAAUUGAUAACUAAGAUUGUAGCUCAAUCUCUACAGAGGAGGUACCGCUUCCUGGAACUCUACUACAGACGUGCAGAAACUACCCACAAGUCGGGGCGAGUGGUGCCCUCUCGCGUUGAAACCGUCAUACUAUUUCUCCCAGAUGUUUGGAGCUGUGUACCCACUAAAUUGGAAUGGGAUGGUCUACAACUCAGCUAUAAGAAACAACUGGAACGAAAAUUGCUGCGUGCUGCCUCUAGCCCCGACGAUUUGGAUGCUGCCAAUGACACUGAUGAGGCUGCCAUCGCUGAUCAAAAGGCACUGCCAACAUCAUCCCAUAUUACUUUUACCUUUUUUAUACAUUAUAAUCGUGCAACUGUUUUCCCAUUACUAAACUGGAUUUUCAAUAUAGGCUGUACUUACUCAUUGAUCCUAUCGUCAAGUGUAAAUGAACUACGGCAAGAAUUAGCAGCCCGUAAUUUAAAUUGUAAAGGUUUGAAAUCACAAUUACUUGCAAGACUUAUGAAAGCAAUAGCUUCAGAACAAGCAAAAGAAGAAGGACGACAAGGCGAUAUAGAAGAAAAUGAAAAAGAUAUUUCACCUCCACCAAAAGAAGAAGAGGAUAAAAAAUUUAAGGAUAUUAAAGACCACGAUGAAGAUAGAAGAAAACUUUGUGAACGUGAACGUAGUACUCUUGAAAAACGAUAUACUUUACCCGAAUCAUCUCAUAUUAUUGUUCAUCCUUCCAGAAUGGCUAAAAGUGGAAAAUUUGAUUGUACUGUUAUGUCUUUAAGCGUGCUUUUAGAUUAUAGACCAGAAGAUACAAAGGAACAUUCCUUUGAGGUAUCAUUAUUCGCAGAACUUUUUAAUGAAAUGUUAAUGCGAGAUUUUGGCUUUCGAAUUUAUCGAGCAUUAUGUAAUUUACCUGAGAAACUGAAAGAAAAAGACGAAGAUAAAAAAAAGGACAAAAAAGAUGAUAAAAGAGACGAGAAAAAAGAUGAUAAAAGAAAAGAUGAUGAUAAGAGAUGUAAUAGAAAGGAUGAGAAACGAAGAGAAGGAAGCAAAGAUAAAAAAGAUGAAAAAGAUGCAAAAAGUAAAACAGAUGAUAGGGAUCGGGAAAAAGAAAAAAAUGAUGAUGAUGACGACGAUGAGGAAGAUGAGUCUGAUGAUGAUGAUUCAAUUAAAGAUGGUAGAAGAGAUAAAGAAAAAGAUGGAAGAAAAAGAAAAAUAAAACUGUAUACACAUGAUCCUUAUCUCUUACUAUCUUUCGUUUAUUUCGAUCAAACUCAUUGUGGUUAUAUUUUUGACAAAGAUAUAGAGGAACUUAUUUAUACUUUAGGACUAAAUUUAUCAAGAGCUCAAGUUCAUAGGUCAAGAGAAGAUGACAUGAAGGAAGAAAAAAAAGAUGAAAAGGAAAGUGAUAAAGCUGAUUCUAUCAGGGUAGAGAAUGAUGAAGAAAUAUUACGAUCAUUAGCACUUGGAAAUAAAAAAUUAUUACCUGUGUUUGUUGGAAGUGGACCACCAUCAAAAAGAGCACGUAGAGAAGAUGCACUUGCAGAACAAUCUGAAGAAUCGAUUGUAUCAGAAGGUUUUGUUAUGUAUAAAGGCUCUUUAUUAGAUGUAGAAAAACUUGUUAGCCAAUUAAAAAGAUCAGAAAAGGCUCGGCUGGAUACGGAAGAACGUCUAAUGGAGUUACAACAUGAAUUAUGUGUAGUAAAUGAAAGAUCGACAAAACAAACAAACAAUAUUAAAGCUCUUUCUGAAGAUUUAAAAAUAUACAAAGAUAAAUUAAGAAACACAGAUGAAAAACUUAGAAAAGUAUCGUCUGAAUGCCAUACAUACCUUACAGCCGUAAAAAAUAUGUAUCAUAUAGCAGCAAAAAUGAUGCAAGCAGAUACGAAAAAAGUAGAAAUUGUAGAAAUUCAAGAUGAAAAAGUUAGCGAGGUUAACGGAUCAGAAGUUGAAACUAAAUUUAAAACGGACACAAGAUGGGGUGAUAACAAAGUUUUAAUUAAAAAAGAAUUUGUAGAAACGGAUAAAGACAAGAAAUGCGACAAUAAAGUCUCAAUUAAAAAGGAAAUAACAGAAACUGAUAAAGAAAAGAAAUAAAAGAUAAAGAAAGAACGCACUUUCGUCAAAUUCUAACUACAUUAAUAACAAGGAAAUUAAAAAUGUGCUUAACGACAAAUAGUACGAGAUGGUGAUUGGGACAAAUUUAUGCAUAUGAAAGUAAAAAUGACUUUAAAGACUCUGUUUUAUAACAUUUUUCACUCAGUGACAAUAUGUAAUAAAUCUGUUUCUGUGCAUAUUAUGUUAGAGAAUAUUAUGUAAGGAAGAUCACGCGUUCAAGUAGCAUAAAUGAGUGAUACUAAAUAAUGCAGAUGUUAGAACGAAUCAUUACACUGCAGUUUUUCAUAUACAUUUGUCGAAUUUUAUGCAGAUAGACAAUUCUUAAGGAUCUUUGAAAUACUAAUGUAACUUUGAUUUGCCAUAAAGUGCCAGGUACUGAUAGACAGCUGUAUAUCGUGAUUUCAAAAUACGUUCACAUUGAAAAUUGUCAUUAAUACUAUAAGUAUUAAUAUAUAUCUAAAUUUUUACCAUAUUCUUGAAUAGAUCUUGAAUAGAUCUAAAUAAUUAUCGACCAACUUCUUAAAAUUAGUAGUCCUUUUCCCUUUUAUUCUGUUUCUUGAUGAACUGUGAUUUAUUCAGGAUAUUUAUUAUAAUUUUUUUGGAUGAAAUUUGAGAUAAAACGUUAGCAUUGUUGCUUUCACAUGUAUGGAUUAUAAUAAAUUUAUAAUCCUUAAGUGACCUUAGAUAAAUAUCAUUUAUUAUUGGUAUUUUUCUUUUCAAAAGCAACAAUUGGUUAAUAUGUUUGAUAGUGGUGAUGUAUUUGUAUUAUGUUAUAAGUGUAUUUAUUGAUUUGUACACAGGACACAGUAUAAUAAAAUAAAACUUUUUCGCAAUAUGUACAACACUAACUGUAAAGUAUACAGUAAUGAUUAAUUUAUGGGAUAUCGUUAGCAUUAUUUUUCUUAAAUUGCGUACAAAAUGAAACUUUGUCUAUUUUAUAAUUGUAAUUACUGUAAAUACGUUCACAGCGAGAAAUACCUAAGAAUAAUUUGAACACCAAAGUAUCUGUAACCAAUUUAAUAUCUAAUGAACAUACUUCUAUACAUAUAUAUAAAUCACAAUAAUUUAUUUAAAAACAAUUAUAAAAAUAUAGCAUUACAAUUUUUUAAUAUACAUUUACGGCUUUUAUUAAUAUUAUUUAUCUUAAUGUAAAUUGUACCAAAAUUCACAUUAUGAUGAUUUCAUUUGAUAGAAAGAUGAGUGCUCAUGAUGUCCCUUACUUUGAACACACAUUGCUCAUCAUAUAAAUAUAACUCAAACACUCAUAAAAAAGGAGAAAUAUGACUUUUGAAUAUUAGUUAUCUUGUGUUUUAUUAACAAAACGUCAAGGACACUAUUUUGUAUAAAAUAAUCUAUUGUAAAGACAUCCUUUUGUAGUUUAUUAGAAAAUUGCAUUCUUGUCAAGAAGCCGUUAAUGUGUUGAGGGUAAAUUUAUAGAUACAGAAUGAUAAAUAAGGUAUAUAUGAAAUUAUAAACAUUGUAAAAUUAUUUCCUUGGCAAAUGAUACUUUGAAAUAUGAGGAGACACACAAAUAAAAUAAAUUUUAAAC